GCUAUUGUAAUAUAUAUGUAAAUGUUACAUCGAUUAAAAAUAAAAGAAAUGGCAGAUGGGUGUGGAUCGGAAGCACCCGGCUGGAUCGGCUGAAGAGAAGACGAUUUAGGGGAAAGAUUCGGAUUCCAUCACCUUCCUUCUUCUAAUUCUUCUUUUCGUUUUGCUUCAAAAAAAUCAAAUCAGAUUUUUGUCGUCAAUCCACUUCUCUCGGCUCCGAAAUGAGGUGCCGUUUUUUUCGCCGUCUAUGGCUGUUUCUACUCUUGAUAUCAAGAUUUCGGAGCUUGACUGCCGAAUCAAGAACAUACGACAAUUUGAAAUUCUCCCAAUUGGGUUCCUACGGGGAGAAUUCUGAUGAAUUAGCUCAGAUUGGUGGCAAAUCCCUUCUUCCCCUUUCUCUAAAAAGUAAAGGUAAUACUGCUCUUAUUGCUGCUUCUGGCGGUGAUAUCUAUUUGGUAGAUAGUGAUUCGAAGAAGAUUAUUUGGUCUUUUUCUUCUGGGACACCAAUUUACUCGUCAUAUCAGUCUCCUACUAAUUAUAAUAAAGAAAAUGCUUCUGGUUCAACCCGCAGCCCCUUCUUUUUUGAUUGUGGAGAUGAUUGGGAGCUCUACAUCCACACAGAGCAUGGUAGAACGAAACUACCGCGCACCAUUGAUGAGGUUGUUAGAAGUACACCAUAUAUAUUUGAGGACGGUUCAGUGAUGACUGGUUCAAGGAAAACCACUGUGUAUGAGGUUAAUCCUGUUACAGGAAAGUUGAUUCGCAAUCACUCGUCUGAACUCUCACCAUCUGGGCUAAGCAAUGAGGAUUUUAGUGUUUUAAAUGGCAAUAGUUCCAAGAAUAAUCUGGCAAAUAGAGAUCUGAUACAACCUGGUUUGAUGAAACCUAUUGAGCAACGAUUGUACAUAACAAGAACAGAUUAUUUCCUGAAAUCAUCUUUCGCUGGGUCGGAAGAAGUUUCUUGGAGUUUGAAUGUUGCUGACAUUGGAGCUACCUUAGUCUGUCCAGAUGGUGAGAAUCCAACAAAUAGCGUUCCCUUGGAUUCUCAAAAUAAUGGUAGUUUUGAGUUUGAUUUUACUCCGCCCUUGUCUUGUCAAUCAGAAGUACUUGUAUAUCGUGAACGCAGUCAUGUGUUGACAGAAUCAUUUGGGCAUAAAAUGCUCUCUGAUUCUCAUAAUACUGAUAUUGUGCUUCCGGCGUCUGCUUCAAGUCUAAUGCUUCCUUCGCAGCCAAGUGUUAAGCAUUCAAAUAUUCAUCCUGAAAGAUUGAUGCUUCCUGGACCUGCAGCGAACAUAGCCUCCCUUCUGGAACCUAAUACAAUUAGUCAGCUAAACGAUGAUAGUCAGGCACUAGUUCCAUUGCCUCUGAUGAAGAUUAAUGAUUCAAGUGCAGUUCAGGGACAUAAUAUUGGAACCGCUAAUGUUGACUUCAUAGCCAUGGUUCUUAAUGGACCACUGGGGUUAUUUAUCGCUUUGUUUAUAACCAUGUUUUUGGGAUUAAUCAACCAUGGCGGGGCACUAGUUGCCAAGCUGAAACAAUUUCUCUUCAAGGAGAAGCAACCCAGUACUGUUAGUUCAAAAAUUGUAUCAUCCAAGAAAAAGAAAGCUCGAAAGUUAGGAAAAAAUGGAAAUUUUGAUAAAAAGGAUGCAUCUGUUUCAUCUGAAAAUGAAGAUAUGGUUCGAAGUGAGGGUGAUUUUAACAACUGGUUUCCUCCUAAUAACCUUAUUGAUACAACUGGUAAUGGACGUCAAAUUGGUAAAUUAAUGGUAACCAAUACAGAGAUAGCUAAGGGUAGCAAUGGCACUAUUGUUCUAGAGGGGGUCUAUGAAGGUCGACUAGUAGCUGUGAAACGUCUUGUUAAGACUCACCAUGAUGUUGCUUUUAAAGAAGUUCAAAAUCUAAUUGCUUCUGAUCGUCACCAAAAUAUUGUUCGAUGGUAUGGGGUGGAGUAUGAUCAAGACUUUGUAUAUCUUUCGCUAGAACGAUGUACAUGCAGUCUAGAUGAUCUGAUUCAGAUAUGCUCUGAUCCAUCGCUGAACACUUUGCUUAGCCUAGAUGAAGAUGCAGGACCUAUGAUUGAUUACAAAUUGCGUUUGGAGUCUCUCAAGAAUGUAAUAUCAGAUCUUAAUCUAUGGAAAAAAAAUAGCCGUCCAUCACCACUUCUUCUAGGACUCAUGAGGGAUAUGGUUGCCGGGCUCGAGCAUUUGCAUGAGUUGGGGAUAAUUCACAGGGACUUAAAGCCACAAAAUGUGUUGAUAACUAAGCAAAAAUCUGUACGUGCAAAGCUCUCUGACAUGGGUAUUAGCAAGCGCCUUCUAAAAGAUAUGUCCUCUUUGGGACAUCAUGCUACGGGUUGUGGGAGUUCUGGCUGGCAAGCCCCCGAACAGCUUCUUCAUGGACGACAAACACGUGCAAUUGAUUUGUUUAGCUUGGGUUGUGUCAUCUUCUUUUGCCUCACUGGUGGUAGGCAUCCAUUUGGUGAUCGUUUUGAGCGUGAUGUCAAUAUAGUGAGGAAUCAAAUGGAUCUAUUCUUGGUGGAGGGCAUCCCAGAAGCUGUGGAUCUUAUUUCUCAAUUGUUAAAUCCAAAUCCUGACUUGAGGCCAAGAGCAUCAGAGGUAUUGCAACAUCCUUUGUUUUGGAGUUCUGAGGUUCGACUUUCUUUUCUACGUGAUACUAGUGACCGUGUGGAAUUGGAAGAUAGAGAGAACCACUCUGAUCUCUUGGAAGCACUAGAGAGUACUGCACCAUUAGCUUUAGGUGGUAAGUGGGAUGAAAAGUUGGAUCCAGCUUUCAUCACAAAUAUUGGCCAGUAUAGACGUUACAAGUAUGAUAGUGUUCGAGACUUAUUACGAGUUAUGCGCAACAAGUUGAAUCAUUACAGAGAACUACCCAAAGAAAUUCAGGAGCUCAUUGGAUCUGUUCCUGAGGGUUUUGAUAACUACUUUGCUAGUCGGUUUCCAAGGCUCUUGACCGAAGUAUACAGAGUUAUUAGCCAAUAUUGCAGGGAAGAGGAAGGGUUUCGGAAGUACUUCAAAAGCCAUGUCGAGUAGACUAGCUUGGAUACUAAUUCAUCAGUGUAUUAUUAUUAGGAAUCCAGAUAAAUGAUGCAAUAUUUAAUUCGUCUGACGUAUUUAGAAUACAAUGUUGAUGUAUCUAUCACAUAGAGUGCAUACACACAAUUGUAAAUAUUGUUGGGACAAAACACAAAUAUUUGUAAAGCCUUGUAACAUUAAAGCAUCCUCAAGUUUACAGAAGCAUAGCUUUUGGCCCUCAAA